AAGCGCCAGUUUUCUCUUAAUAAAUUUGUCUUUCUUGAGACAUUCGCUCCUUUAUGCCAACAUGGCGCAGCUUGGGCGUAAUCGUUUCCUUGCAAUCGCGGUGCUUUUCCAUCUGCUUUACAUCUACAGCAUUUUUUCGAUUUAUUUCGUGAGCCCUAUUGUCCAUGGCAUGCGAGAGCACCGUGUCGACACCCAAGAAGCUCCUGCUAAGAGACUGGUUCUGUUUGUCGGAGACGGUCUCCGCGCCGAUAAAGCCUUCCAGUCGUUCCCUGACCCGUCUCCGAAUAGCGAGGAUUCCGAAGCCGCAAAAGUUCCCCGUCCCCUCGCCCCGUUCCUACGUUCUCGAGUCCUCGAACACGGUACAUUUGGAGUCUCUCACACGAGAGUGCCCACAGAGUCUCGGCCGGGCCAUGUGGCCCUCAUUGCUGGGCUUUACGAAGAUGUCUCUGCGGUGAUGACAGGCUGGAAACUGAAUCCCGUAAACUUUGACAGCGUCUUCAACCGGAGCAGGCAUACUUGGAGUUGGGGGAGCCCGGACAUCCUGCCCAUGUUCGAACAGGGAGCAGUUCCUGGAAGAGUAGAUGCAGACUCAUAUGACGCCGAUUUUGAGGAUUUCUCAAAGGAGGCGCUGGAGCUUGACAUCUGGGUCUUUGACAAGGUCAAGAAGCUUUUUGAGAAUGCGAAGACCAAUUCUACUCUCGAUGCAGAGCUGCGGAAGGAGCAGAAUGUGUUCUUCUUGCAUCUGCUCGGACUAGAUACCACUGGACAUUCGCAUCGACCAUACUCGAAGCAGUAUCUACACAAUAUCCAGGUCGUAGAUCAAGGCGUCCAAGAAAUUACGAAGCUGAUAGAAGAAUUCUAUGACGAUGGUAAGACAGCCUUCGUCUUCACAGCAGAUCACGGCAUGAGCGAUUGGGGAAGUCAUGGAGAUGGACAUCCGGACAACACACGAACUCCCUUAAUUGCAUGGGGAUCUGGCGUGGCAAAGCCAGUCGUGGAUCCAAGUGGUUCAGCCAAGGGUCAUGAAGAUGGUUUCUCUUCGGAUUGGGGCUUGGACCACAUCCAAAGACACGAUGUCGCUCAAGCCGAUGUGGCUGCUCUAAUGGCUUAUCUGACAGGACUUGCCUUCCCGACGAACUCUGUUGGCGAAUUGCCACUUUCGUACUUGGACACAGAUGUGAAGUCCAAAGCGGAGGCAUUGUUGACAAACGCGAAGGAGAUUCUUGAGAUGUACCGUAUCAAAGAAGAGCAGAAGAAGUCUACUGAACUGAGGUACAAGCCGUACGCUGAGUUAGGAGACGAGACGCAUUCCGUGGAAUAUCGGAUUGCUCACAUUCAAGGGUUGAUGGAUCAGGGAGAUUCGGAAGAGGCGAUCAAAGAAACAACCGCUCUCAUCCAGACCGGCAUCCAAGGACUGCGAUAUCUCCAGACCUACGACUGGCUGUUCCUACGAACUCUAGUCACUGCGGGAUAUGUUGGUUGGAUUGCCUAUGCAAUUACUACCGUCCUUGAUCUCCACGUCUUGCACGGAAAAUCGGAGACUCUACGCUCUGUUCCAAGCAUGAUCAUUUUCUCAUCCACACUUGUUGGCCUGUACUCUGUAUUGUUUGUUCAGAAGUCGCCGUGGAUUUAUUAUGUCUACGCAUUCUUUCCAGUCAUGUUCUGGGAGGAGGUAUGGGCGAGCAGACCUGCUCUUGUCCAGGGAUGCAAAGUCUUGUUCGGCCAUAUAUCGUCUCCUGUAGACACGAUCAAGCUUGUGCUCUCUGUACUUGGAUUUUUCGGUCUCCUUGAAGCAUUGGUCUGGAGCUACUUCCGGCGAGAGAUCUUUACCGCCUGCUACCUUGUUGCCACAAUGUGGCCUGCAUUCUAUGGACAAGAUUUUGUCAAGCGUAACGUAUGGCUCGUUCUCACCUGGGCUUUGUCCUGCAUUGUGAUGAGCAUUUUCACCCUACUGCCUGCGAACAAAGUGGAGGAUUUGAAUAUGAUCCUACUUGGAGGUGGACUCAUGUUUGCGGUCGGAGGUCUAUAUCUGAUCUUUGAGAAGAGUAUCUUAGUCGAUGCCGAGUCGUCCAAGGACGAACUGUCGUCUCCAGCAGCAGACGGACUCUCGCGCAUCAUCUUAGGCACACAGAUCGGUCUGGUGGCUCUUGCUAUGAUUGUGACUCGAUCAAGCGUAUGGUACCUCAACGCUAGGCAGGGAUUGCCUCUUGGUACGCAGUCUGUGGGAUGGAUCACUUUGAUUGCUUCGUUGAUCGUGCCAUUCCUGCACGGUCUGCAGCCAAACAAUCACUACAUCCACCGCUUGGUCGUCAUCUUCCUACAGUUCGCACCCUCGUUCAUCAUCCUCACCAUUUCCUACGAGGGCUUAUUCUACUUUGCAUUCUGUCUAUGUCUGUUCAGCUGGAUGCGACUUGAGCACCACAUCUACACCGACACGACCAAGCACAGCUCGAAGCCCACAGACAGCACUCCUGGCUCAGCGAAUGUACUCGAGCCAGCUGUGGCGGCUGCCGCUGAUCGGAUAACCUCCCUGGGCGCAGGGCAGUACCGAGCUCUCACUCUAGCAGACGCCAGAAUCGCGCUCUUCUUCUUUUUCUUCCUGCAAUCGGCGUUCUUCUCGACUGGCAACAUCGCUUCGAUAUCAUCAUUCUCUCUCGACGCGGUCUCUCGACUGAUACCGGUGUUUGAUCCCUUCUCGCAGGGAGCCCUACUAAUGAUGAAGAUCAUGGUUCCAUUCGCGGUGUUGAGCGCGAACUUCGGAAUCCUGAACCGCAGGCUCGGGGUGGCGCCCAGUGCGAUCUUCAUGGUGGUGAUGGCGGCGGGAGAUGUGAUGACGCUGAACUUCUUCUACAUGGUCAAGGAUGAGGGCAGCUGGUUGGACAUUGGAACGACGAUCAGCCACUUCUUCAUUGCGAGUCUGAUGGGUGUGUUUGUGGCGGGGUUGGAGUUGGUGUCAGGGCACAUCAUCGGAGGUGUUAAAUUCGGGGAGAAGAAGGAGAAGAAGAAUGGAAGUGCUGUCGAGGCUAAUGGGAAGGUAAAUGGAGAUGUAGCUGGGGCGAAUGGGGCAAAGGCCGUUCCUCCACUAGAGAGCUCGGAGAAGAUAUAAAAAUACUCGGUCCUUGAAUGUCGGAGGAUACGUAAGGAGUAUGGUAGUACAUAUAAAAAGGAUACCAGUUUGAAGAAGGUAGGGAAAGGUAAAAAUGAUUCCACGUAACGAAUCAACAAAAUAAUGCCGAUGAUAGUGAAUAUGCCAUCUAAUCAUCUACUGCGAAUAAUACCCGAGUAUACGGAGUACACCUUUUACUCAAUAGC